AUGCCGACCGCGACCCGCCACUGCAAGGGUGCUCCUCGCAACCACAGCAAGACGUACAAGGUUCCUCGUCGUCCCUUUGAGUCUCCUCGUCUGGAUGCUGAGCUGAAGCUGGCUGGCGAGUACGGUCUCAAGAAUAAGAAGGAGAUCUGGCGCAUCGCUCUGACGCUGUCCAAGAUCCGUCGUGCUGCUCGUGAGCUUCUCAAGCUCGACGAGAAGGACCCUAAGCGUCUUUUCGAAGGUAACGCCAUCAUCCGUCGUCUCAUUCGCAUUGGUGUGCUGGACGAGUCGCGCAUGAAGCUUGAUUAUGUGCUGGCCCUGCAGAUCGAAGACUUUUUGGAGCGCCGUCUUCAAACGCAGGUGUACAAGAGCGGUCUCGCUCGCAGCAUUCACCACGCUCGUGUGCUUAUCACGCAGCGUCACAUUCGCGUGGGCAAGCAGAUCGUCACCUCGCCCUCGUUCAUUGUUCGUCUCGAGUCUCAGAAGCACAUUGACUUUGCUCUCAACUCGCCUUACGCUGGUGCGCGCCCUGGCCGUGUCAAGCGUAAGCGCAUGGCUUCUGCCAAUGCUGCUGCGGGUGGCGAAGAGGAGGGUGGCGAAGAGGAGGAAUAA